AGCAGUGUCCACAACAGAGCCUUCAAAUAAAAAAAAAAAUAAAAAAGGAAAAAGAAAAGAGGGAGACAGGCGGGUCACAAGAGUCCACCAAGCGUCCAGGAAACAGCUCACAGCUCAGGGACUCAGCCAGAAGAGGCGGGGAGAAGUUUGUUAUUGGAAAAGCUGACAAGAGAGCAAGGCAGCGGGGAGGGGAGAGAAAGAGAGGUGGCUGUCUGACUUUGACUUUAGUCAGUGAAGGCCUCAUGCAGCUUCUUAGCAGCAACUCAAUCCCAUUUUUAUCUGCCUGACACACCUCGACUCUGAGCAGAGCUCACCAGGAGCCCAGAACUGAGCGGAAGUAAAGAGAGGAAUAAAGAGGAAACAGGAAGGAAAAGGGAGAAAGAAAAGGAAGCAUGAUGACCCAAGAACAGUGCACUCAUAGGAACAAUGUCCAGAGUUCAGAGAAACCACAAGUGUACAAAGUGGGAAUAUACGGCUGGAGGAAACGCUGCCUUUACUUCUUCGUCCUGCUGCUGAUGAUCCUGAUCCUGAUCAACUUGGCGCUAACUAUCUGGAUCCUCAAGGUCAUGAACUUCACCAUAGAUGGCAUGGGCAACCUGAGAAUAACAGAGAAGGGCCUGAAACUGGAAGGGGACUCUGAGUUCCUCCAACCCCUCUAUGCCAAAGAAAUCCAAUCCAAACCAGGCCGCCCACUAUUCCUACAGUCGUCCAGAAACGUGUCGGUCAAUAUUGUCAACAGCAACAACCAGCUGCUCACACAACUUGUAACAGGAUCCAGUGGAUUUAAAGCACGAGGCAAGAUGUUUGAAGUCAAAUCCACCUCUGGGAAGCUCCUCUUCUCUGCCGACGAGCAGGAGGUGGUGGUGGGCGCCGAGAGGCUCCGAGUGAUGGGGGCCGAAGGAGCCGUGUUCAGCAAAUCAGUGGAGACGCCACACGUCAGGGCUGAGCCGUUCAAAGAGCUGAGGCUGGAGUCUCCCACUCGCUCCCUGCUGAUGGAGGCACCAAAAGGAAUCCAGAUCCUGGCUGAGGCCGGAGACAUCCAGGCCAUCUGCAGGAACGAGCUGCGUCUGGAGUCCAAAGAUGGAGAGAUCUCUCUGGAUGCUCGGAGGAUUCGCUUGAUGCGGCUGCCCGAGGGGAAGGCCUCCACCAGCUCCUCGUCCUCUGGGACCAGGCAGACUGUCUACGAGGUUUGCGUUUGCCCCAACGGGAGGCUUUUCCUCUCCCAGGCCGGCACUGGAUCCACCUGCCAGAUCAGCAGCAAUGUCUGCCUCUAGGACUGAUACAUACAAAUAUAAAUAAAUACGCAGAUAUCCUGAAAGAAAGACGGCAAAAACAGACAGAUGUACACAUAUCGCCUGCCUCCGGGACAGCAAACACAGACACUACAUAGAAAGACUGCCAGAGCUGAUGGAAGUAUAAACAAUCAUAGAUACUGUAACUAUACAGACACACUGAUGCAUACACUUUACAAACACUCAGACUGAUAUUUAGGCUCAACCGAUAAAGCCAAUACCGAAAAUUUUGGAUCAAAGCUGCUGACUGCUGAUCUUUUGUGCCAAUAUUUCAGUGCUUAAAAAUAUUUUCUCCCUCAAUUUUAUACUUCUCAGAGUGGAAAAGCCUUUGAGAUUGGCAUUUAGAGCAUCACAGGACACUAAAACUCUCAACUGAGUGUCGUACACAUCUCUCUCAGCUCUUUAUACAUACAUUACAGCAGCAGAGUUAUUGGGCCUUUAAACUGAAUUACACGAACAAAAGCAAAAAAAAUGUCUUUCAUUGUAGGUUUUAACUUUAUUUUAAUAAAACUGGGGUCAGAGAGGAACCUCCAUCAUAUUGACCCUCAAACACUAACAACAGUAUUGGUAAUAUAUCGGUUUGACCCUAUUUAUUAAUUGUGUACACACAUGCAUAUGCACACAUUCGCAUAUAUACAUGCAUUCACACAGUUUACAUAUUUUAACAUGGUAUACACACACAAACACACACAUUAACACACACACACACAGUCACACUUUUUGCUCGUAGGAGCCUCCUGGUAGAAUCUGAGAGGAAAAUCUCCAGAGAUUUACAAGAAGAGACACUGAUCUGUUCCCUUUCUCCCUGAAGAGCAUUUCAGUACCAGAAUCACUAGGGUGAUCACCCAUGGCAACAAGCCCCACCCACUCCCCCUCCCCUCUGUUUUUCUUGUCCUAUUUUCUCAUCUGAUGGUUACCAAAGUUGAGCUAAUUAAAGUAUUUCCUGUUUUUCAUAAAGCAUUUUAAAGCCUCAUAGGCAUGCUAAAAGAACUUAAUUACGACUACUACUAAUAUGCAUUGUGUCAGGACUUGGCAUGAAUUUAUUAUAAGAACUGGAUACCCAAGUCUAAAAUGGCACCCAUUCACUUGAAUGAAAAUUGCCCGGCCACAUGCCAAAAAAGGUUUCUAGCUUAUGCAUCCGCUUGGCCGAUACACUUUGUACUGGGAUGAUGUCACUCACAUUUAAAUCGCUUUCUAGGCUCUGGGAAAGUUUUACCAAAAUACUGUUACACCUUUGUGGAUUGAAAAUGUACCGCAAGUUGCCUGUGGGACAAAUUGACAGCAAGGUUGGCAGGCAGCGCCACAUCCAACUCUCUUAAUACAUUCAAAGGAGUCAGAAAGUUUCAAAGGUAGGCAUUUUAUAAACUGCCACUUCAGUCCAAACCAGUGACUAGACAAAAAGAUGCACAACACAUCUCCGCUUCCUCCCAAUGUACAAAGAUGGAGCCAAAAUAUCCUCGAUAAGGCAAUCUUGCCUUGUUGACAGUAUUCAGAGACAGAGUCUGCACAGUAGAAAUUCCAUUGUAUCCAGUUCCUGCCAUUCGACCAAUCAAGAGUAGAGCCAUUGAUCACAAGGACUUGAUUGCCACACACAGCUGUCAAUCAUGACAUCAAACCCACUUUUUAUAGCAUCAGACAACUAACUGAAACCAAACUUAUCAGAAAAUCUAACAAUAACUACCUAAAAUGCCCAAAAAUAUCUUCGAGGUAUACAUUUUUUUGGCAGGUAUGUCGAUAUUUUAGUUUGGCCAAUGUCCUGUCCACCAUCAUGGUUAAGGUAAGGUUUAUGACCUAUGCUGCAGACAGCCACCAGGGGGAAAUCAAUAUGUUUUGAGUAAACAUUUGGGGAGCUGCCAUGUCAUCAAUAUUUACUAUAAAAUCCAUGGUCUGGACCCAUACCAGAUCCAGAUGUGUAUACAUGUAUUAAGUACUAUUAGCAUGCCUAUGUGACAAUAUAUAAACCACAUUAGAGUCUUGUGGACACAACUAAACUUUAUGAUUUAGCAACAGUGUAAAAACAUCCAGACUUUUAAAUUAUUGGGCCACAGUUCAUUUCAGUCCAAAAGACAGAAUGAAAGUUUUCAUUUAGGCUCUAAACUAAAGUUAUACCACACAAUUUUAAGCCCAUUUGGUCUUUGUUACAAUCUGUUCAUAGUAUAUUAUGACAAAUUAUAACUCAUGCCAUGUUCAUGUCCUAUCAUGCACACCCAACUGGGAAAAAUCAUGCAAAUUAGUUUGCAUUCAGUUAUUUGAAUUAUUUCAGACAGUGUUAGCAACUAAUAAUUCACUAGCUGGGCUUUUGAUAUUUUGAACACCCGAUUGUUUCCAUGUUGUAGCUGAGAGAUGUUGCCCACUUCUUACACUUCUUGUGAUAUGACGUCAACAUGGCACAAGUGUUGCCACAAAAAACCUCAACAGCUAAAACACUGGUCUAUUAAAUAGGUUUUUCUUUUCCUUCUUUUUUCAAUGUAAACCUUUGAACUGAAUAGAAAGCUAUUUUAAUUUCA